AUGGAUGAUGUGGAAGUUGAAAAUGAUUCCGCCGCAAUGGCAGCCAUGAUGGGAUUCUCCGGUUUCGGAAACCAAAAUGCGCUUUCCAAAAAACGCAAAUUCAACACUGCGACUGAUGCAUUUGUCGAAGGUGUAGAGUUGGAGAAGAUUGAUCGGGGAGGAAGGAAAGGACAGGGAAGUGGUGGGAAUCAGAUUCCACUAGGCAGAAUGAGGGUUAUGGGGGUGAAAACUAUGGAGAACAGGAAUGAUGAGGAGAUCGAUUUGGGGGAUGAUGAGGAUGGGGAUGGAAAUGGAGAAGAUGAGGGCCCGAGGUAUCUAGACACGAGUGCGCCGCCUCCGAUAUUUGAUGGGAUUGAAGGGGGUGAACAUUCAUUGGGUCAGGAUGGGCAAUCGGAGGAUCCAGCAAUAGUGGAGGAAAGACGGAAAGCACAGGAACAAAUUGAUGCGAUUCUCGCUGCUGCGCCUGAGCCUGCUAGUACAAAUAUCUCACAACCGGCGUCGGGAUUGCCGCAUGGUCUUCCGGAAAAACCGGUAUAUAGCAAUUUGGGAUUUAAAGCAAGCGCUAGGAGUAAUAGGGGAGGAAGAAGCGGAGGAAGUGAUGCAGGGAGCAUGGCAAGUUCAAGGCCAAGUGGACGGGGAACAUUCAAUGAGAAAUGGUAUGAAGGAUAUUAUGAUAAAAGUUUCAACAAAAAUCCAUGGGCGAAAUUGGAGCAAAAGAUGGGGCUGGAAGCAAAGGGUAGCUGGGUCUAA